ACAGAUGAAUGGGUAUCCCGACACGAAGAUACACCCGACACUCGAACGUCGUCUGCAGCUUGCCAAAGAGUUGAUCUGUGGCUGACAGGAAGCGUAUGGCGUACUAUCGGCCAGGGUUGGACGAGGCUGAGAUCACCAAGCUCCAAGACUAGUAUGAAAGCAAAGCUCGACAUAGCCAACGCGUUCCCAUCGAAUGUCAGUGUAAUUAACAACAGGUGGCGGCCAUGGAAGAUCAAGCCUUGUUGCACACGGGAGUAGCAGAAGAGAUCUGACCCC